AGCUUAUACACAUAUGCCAAAAAUGUGCUCAUCAAGUACAUCAACACUAUCGAAGAUGUCGGAGACAUACCCUACCACAUCCUCGAGCCAGUCCUCAAGAAGAUCAGCUCCCCGCAUCAGCUAAAAAAACUGGAAGCAAACUCGCCGCAGAUCGCCGGCGAAGACGAGGACCUCUGGAAGAAGUUCAUCGCCCGCGAUUUCGGCCUGGACGCAGUCGACAAGUGGGUUCCUAAGAACCCUUCGAGCUGGAGCAAAGUCUACGACAAACACCAGAAGGAAGCUUCUGCCGCCCAGGAGCGCGCCGCCCAGCUACUAAAGGCACAGUUCGAGGGUCUCAAUUCGUCCAAGGAGUCCGGCCGCACCCGUCUCGUCGAGGCGAAGUCGCUGCCGCCUCUUCGUCGCCCGAAAACUGGUGGAAGCGGAUGGGGCAAUAGCACUAACUCGUGGAAUCACGCUGCUGGAUCGAAGACCAAGAAUAUCAUCCAGAAGGCCCGCCGCGAAGCAAAGGAAAUCAGUAUCUACUCGGGAUCGAGGAGUCGACUCGCUGCCGACACGUCGACCCUCAGGAGGGGAGGCGUCAGUGAGACCCUCCAGAGGAGGAUC